CUGUCUGGUAGUCGUUCUCUACGGAACCAUUUUAGUGUUACUCCAUGAUGGCAGCUGUGGCAGAGACACAUGUGGAGAGCCCUCCUGAGGUUUCAGGAGACGAUGAUGAGCCUCAGUAUGACGACAGCAACGACGAGGGGGAUUCUGACGGAGGCAGUGAUGGAGAAGGGUCAGAUGACCAAGGGAGUGACGGAGGAGAAGAUGACAGGGACUCUAAUGAAAGGACUGACGGGGAGGAGGCAGAGGAUGAAGAUGAAGGAGAGGAUGGUAACGCCAACGCUGGGUGGGCAGAGGCCAUGGCUAAAAUUCUUGGAAAGAAAACCCCAGAAAGUAAAUCCACCAUACUGCUGAAGAACAAAGAGCUGGACAAGAUCAAGGAGAAGGAGAAGCAGGAGCAGCUGGAGAAAAAGAAACAGAUUGACAAGAAGCGAACAUGGGAGAUGAUGUGCAGACAGAAACCUGACGUGGUAAAGGACCGUGAAGCUGAAAGGAAUCUACAGAGGAUAGCUACCAGAGGGGUCGUUCAGCUGUUCAACGCCGUGAGAAAACACCAGAAAACCAUAAAUGACAAGGUGAAGGCAGUCGGCGGCUCAGAGAGGAAGAAAGCCAAGAUCCUCUCGUCAGUCUCCAAGAAAGAAUUCAUUGACGUCCUGAGGAGGACAGAGGGUGGCAGCACGGUCGCCAUCAAGAGCGAAAAGGAGACUGCGGCUGCGGCAGAGGAGAAGCCGGCCUGGAGCGUUCUCCGAGACGACUUCAUGAUGGGAGCUUCAAUGAAAGACUGGGACAAGGAGAGCGAUGGAGAGGAUGGAGAACCAGAGACGCAAGGUGGUGUUGAGGAUAGUGAUUCAGACUGAUACCACCGCACAUGAUUUAGAUGACUGUGUACAUGUGACUGAGCCCACCGUACAGUGCCUUGAGGCUCCUGGGGAUCAGUCUGGAGAAUGGAGCUGGACCGUCCUGAACCAUCAUUGUACAAGGAAGUACAAGAUGAACAGUUUCUCUGUCCUCAGGAGUCCUACAGGGUCUGGACAUCUGGAGGUGAAUUUGGCAAUUCCCAGAUUUUGAUCAAUUUGGGAACUAUACAAAAGACACUUAAGUCUGACAAGAUAUUUCAAUGUCCUGAUAUACGUACAAAUUUUCUGAAAUGUUAGACCGUCAACAUCUCACGCUCUGAUAUGUUGCUGUGAAGAGUAGUCUUCCUCUAUAGAAGGAAACAUAAGGUAGUAGUGGGAAGGUGGCUGUAAAUCACACCCCAGUCUGUACUGAAUUCUAAAAUCCUCAGAGCUGAGGACUGUACGUAGGUGAAAUAUUGAAGCUGUUGGAGCCCAGCUUCCUGUGUAAAGGCUCUCCUAGGUUCCUUAGCUCCAGAGGAACCAGAGAGGGUCUAUACUGAGGUCCUACCUUCCCAUCAUGGAUUCAAUGUACAUUUCUCCUGUUGCCAACUUGUCUCACUGUAUAAACUCUCGGACUUCUGUGCUGAACAUGUUUCUAUUUUGACCUUGUAAAUAUGAAUGCUUUGUAACUUAUCUGUUUGAUUAAAUAGCCAGAUAAAGGAUCUUCUCAUC